UCUCCAUACGCCACGCGGCACAGCGUGCCUUCCCCUCCUUCCCCACAAAACAGUGUUCUGGCAGGGGGUUUGUGUUGACGGCUUCCACUCGUAGCAGUACAUCGCAGUGAAAUUGUAUUAGUUGCAAUAACCAUGACGGCAACCGGCAAGCGCGCAAAUGACUCUCCCUCCAAGGCCAAGGCUGACGGGGAACCGCCUGUCAAGAAGAUUGCGGCAGAUGGAGAGGAGACGGUGGUUGACCUCUUCGUGGACGAAGCUUUUGGUGUUUCCCCCGCCGCAGUUUAUGAGGUUCUUACCAACGGAGAAAAGUAUGGGGAAGCACUUGGUACCGCAGUGUGGAAAGGAAACUUGGAAGUGGGUAACGACUGGAUCGCAGGAGACGGCUUCUGCAGGUACAAGAUCCUCCAUUUGGUGCCCAACAAGCUUAUUGUUCAAGAAUGGCGUUUGGAAGACUGGGAGCCAAGUGUUCCUUCCUCGACAGUCGUAACCACCAUCAGCCCCCGUCCACAUGGCGGUGCACGAGUGGUACUUAACCACAUCAAUGUUCCCUCCAAAGACGCUGAAAGGUUGCAAGCCGGCUGGGUGGACUUUGUAUACAAAGCCAUCAGGGCUUACCUGAAAGACGAGAAGAAUGCGCGUCCGCCCCGAACCGGUCGUAACCUCUGUCACGUCGAAAUCCCUGCCAAGGAUGCUGAUCGGGCUGGAAAAUUCUAUGCAGAUGUCUUUGGCUGGAAUGUGUCCAAGUGGGCCGAGGAGUAUGUCGGAUUCUCCUCUGGACCGAGGAACAGUGAAUGGGGCUGGGUUGAUGGAGGCUUCCCUCAACAAAACACCAAGCCUAUCGCCGAUCACGAAAAGGUCGCUAGUCCGACCUUGUAUUUUGAUGCCAAGCCCAUCGAAGAGUUUGAAAAGAAAGUUGUUGCCGCUGGUGGAAAGGUGCUCAAACCUAAACACAAGACCUACUAUGGCACUAUCGCUGAAUGUCAGGAUACGGAAGGGAACUUUAUCGUAUUGUAUGAAAUGUAGGUGGCUAGUUAGCUAGCUAGCUGCGUUAGGGAGUAGGCCUUGAAGGAAAUAUUGACAAUCAUAGCACAGAUUUUGGUCGUAUUUACAAUAGGAAAUGUACACUUCCACUCAUGGCCUCACGUCCAGACAGUCACUGCCGUUCCC